GAACAACCGGCAGUCUUUCACGGAUAGUCGAGCCGUAAGGUCUUUCGCUGUGGCGAUAUUUGUCGUCCACGACAACGCCAGUCGUCGCGACGCUCAUGAGUGCUGUGUUACUGUAGUUGAUACGUCGAUUAUAGGUAGAAAGUUCACAGAUAUUACCAGUGGUUAACAAACAGCUUCGAAUGCGAGAAUUCUAGUUAAAUCUUCGAGGUUUCUACGGGACUCAAGGGCACAACGUAACUCGUUAUCUGGCGAGAAGGUAAAGUUUGUAUGCAGAAUGAGAUGAGAUUAAAAAGUGACGCAACGGAAGCUCCAAGAGUGUACAGAGACCUGACUAAGAGGCGCGACGUGAUAUCAUAUAUCUAAUCAGAGAAAAAUUUAUAAAUAAACAUGUCAGGAUCAAGACGAACCAGCAUAACGAUCUACGAUUAUCCAGAACAUUUGAAUCCGUUCAAAGACAAUAAUACGAAUGUAGAACUUCGAGGAAACGGCGAGAGCAAGUCAUUCGGUAAAGAAGGAAAGAACAAAUUUUGGACUUUUGGUCGAAGCAGGAAGAAGAGGUCUCACAGUUUCUCUAUUAAAUCAACAUGGAAUGGAAUUUUUGGAAAGCGCAAAGACACGCCCGAACCUGCAGAAAGACGGACGACGAUAACCACAGUUUCGUCGACUUAUCAGAAAGCUGCGUUUAAUGAGAGACCCGUGGCGCCACCUAGAAUAUCACGGGAUCAGCAGGAGUUCGAUGAAGCAUUAGGGACUCUUACCAGAAGAAGGAAAUACACUUUCGAUGAAAGUUCAAGAUACGAUUCAAAUUUGACUGUAAAUGGCGACCCAGCACGUAUAUAUGAUGGCAGUCCUCAGGAUACAACGGCGUCCAUUAUGGGUGACCUUACCCCGAAACCUCCAGCUCGAAGAUUUGGACAAGUUAGUCCCAGGCCAAAGGAAAAGAUACCACCGUUAAAUUUUGACGAUAAGGAUCCCAAGGGAAAUGAAAAUAGUGAGGAUUAUAGGGGACCAGAUCAAACACCCGUUCCACCAAAGAGAUUUGGUCAGAGAUUAUCACAGAGAUUAAUUGUGUCCAAUCACGAGCCAGAAGAAGAAACUUUCCUGAGGAAUGAAAAAUCAUCCGAUCUUUCUCUACGAGAUGAGAAUGAGAAUGUUCCAGAGGAUUAUGCUUUCAGAAGAUGUAGUCGGGAUGCUGUAAGAAGAUCGAACUUGUCAAUCAAUAGUUGCGUGUCUAUUGGCAGUACAGCUAGUGCAUUUGGACGUAAAAAACGACGAGCGCCACAACCACCUCGAUCUAGAGAUGAGGUUGAGGUUACUAAGGAUAAGGAAAUGUCACUGUCGGUAGGAUCAAGUGAUACAGCGAAGGUCGUGUUGAGGAUAUCCGAGCCCAUUGACAUCAGUCAUGUCACGGAGAACAUUGAAGAGAUGACAAAGAAGAGUCAGGUAAUUGAUGAAACUUCAGAAUCACUUCCGGAAUCUGAAAAGCAAUCGGACGUGAGCAUAAAGGUGUCACCAGCAGAGGAUACUCAGAAAGAAUUAAAGGAAGAGUCCUUGGACAAAUCAUUGAAUGAGGAUUCGGUGAAUCCUGAGAGAAUUGAAAUUCCAGUGGAUGAGAUAGAGAUAACAAGAGAUGUCGAGGAGAAGCUUGAAAUCCUGAAGAAUGUAGAAAGCAUGUCCGACGAUGAUGACGUAUGUUUCAGGAAGAAAGGAUCCUCCGGGACGCUGUCAAGGAGUGACAGCUUCUCCGUGAAGGAAGAGAUUGAGAAAAUAGAAAAGCAGAUAAAAGCACUCGAAGCUAAAAAUGAUGAACGUAGGAAUUCUGAAAACGAUGAAAUCGCGACCGCGAGACUUUCGAUUCAGGCAAAUAGACGGAGCUUCUUUAAGAAUAUGGUGGACGAUCCGCAUAAUGGGGUUAAAAUUGAAUUUAAGGAAUUACCAAGAGCGCAACAAGAUAUUAGUAUUGUUCGCUUAACGGAACCCCCUGUUCCUGUUGAUGCGCCAAGAGAACCGGUCAAAAUUGUUGAGCUACAUAUCUCGGAACCGAUUAGACAAAAACCGGAAAUUGUCGGCGAAGGUGAUGUUAAUCCUCUGCCAAAGCCUCAAAGAAGACACAGCGCCUUGGAUAAUUUGAAUAAUGAGCAGUCAAAAGCGAUUAAUAAUUCCAGAAGGUCAGUUGAACCGGAGGAAAUGACGUCAGGACAGAAAGGCAAUUCCUUGUGAAUGACAUCCGUUUCGUUUGUCGGUGCUGUUUUAUAGAAAAGCGAAAAACUAAGAUUUGGCCAUUUGUUUAUGCACUAUCGGCAACUCUAACUAAUGGAGCAUAAUUAACGAGCAUUGCUUUGGGUUCUUUUGUGCAAUAGUAAUGCUUUGAAAAUUUUAUCAUCGAUCAGAGAUCUUGAUGAUUGUAGAUGACGUGCCUUCGAUGCUGGUUUCGUUAUUUUUAGGAAUAAUAUUAUUGUAUAAUUAGAAUUUUCAUUAUUUAUUGAUACGAAAUAAAAAUAAGGUAAACCGAAGAAAAAGGAGGUAAACCGUUUCAUUUUCCAA